AUGUCCGCUCCACCAAUGCAGGAGAGAAAGCCGGUCAAGGACCUGCAAAAGGUCUUCCACUAUACGGAUACCAUGUCUCGCAAGCCGACAAGAGACAACGAUCCCUACGAAUACCAGGCGGGCUUUGGUAAUCGUCACCAAUCCGAAGUCAUUCCCGGUACUCUACCGGCGGGACAGAACAACCCCCAAGAAGUUCGAUUUGGCUUGUAUACCGAGGGCAUUACAUACUCGGCCUUUGCGGCCCCGCGACAUGCCAACUUCAGUACCUAUAUGUAUCGGGUGCGACCAGCUGCAGCUCACAAUGGCUACAAGGCAGACAUCCCGCACAAAGCAGACAUCGAGAACUGCUUCUUGACACUCAACCCCAAGGUGGCCACAUUGGUAGAGCAGGGCGAAUGGGCACCGUUUCCACUGCCCAAGGAAGAUGAGAAGAUCGAUUUUGUCGACGGACUACACACACUUGGUGGUAGUGGAGACCCCAAUCUGCGCGAGGGCAUUGCACUCUACGUCUUCAUGAUCAACGCAGACAUGGACCACCGGGCAUUCUGCAAUACAGAUGGCGACUUCCUCAUCGUCGCCCAGCUGGGCAAUCUGGAUAUCCAAACAGAGUUGGGCAAAUUGUUCCUGCAGCCCGGUGAGAUUUGUGUCAUCCCUCGAGGAAUUCGUUUUGCUGUUCGACUUGGCCCCGGUCACAAUGUUGCCCGUGGUUAUAUCACUGAAAUUUGGGGGUCUCGUUGGGAAUUGCCAGACUUGGGUCCCCUGGGAGGACACGGACUGGCUAACCCUCGGGACUUUUUACAUCCCGUUGCGUAUAUCGACGAGCACCUUCAUGAGGACUGGUCGAUUGUGAACAAGGCAAACGGUGUGUACAAGGCCAUUGAGCAGGAUCAUACCCCAUUUGAUCUGGUGGCGUGGCAUGGCAAUGUCGUUCCUUAUAAGUACGAUUUGACCAAGUUUUCGUCUCAAAAUUCCACCUCGAUCGAUCACACUGACCCGUCAGUCAACUGUGUGCUGACAGCUGCAUCCCGGGACCCUGUCACUCCGUUGGCUGAUUUCCUGUGGUUUGGACCGCGGUGGGACGUCGCAUCCAACACCUUCCGUCUGCCCUACUUCCACCGCAAUUCGGCCACGGAGUUCCUGGCCAGUCUGUACGGAAAUGGACUCGGUCGCUCUGACGAUUUCCUGCCCGGAGGAGGCAGUGUCGAGAUUAGCCACACCCCACACGGAAAUUUCAGCGACCCCUACGUUUGGGAGAUGCGAAACCAGGUGAACGAGCCUCGCAAAAUUCUCGAAGACCAAAUGACCAUCAUGGUUGAGAGCAGCCGAUCGUUCUUGUUCACGGAGUAUGCACGCUCCGGCUGCGGGACGUUCAAGGACCAAGGCACAGACCCGAAGGUGUGGGAUGCGCUGCCGGACAAAUUUUCCGCCCAUCCUAACAUCCAGGGGAUUCUUAAGCAGGUCAAGGCGGAUAAGGAAGCUCGCAAGCAGCGGCUAGAGACCUUCUACGACGACGAACGUCUGGCAGAGCUUGUUCGUCAAUAA